AUGCCACUCAAACGUACUAAACGUAGUCCAGCAGUGGUCAUGAAGAUCAAUUUAAAGUCAUUCGAACCCGACCUUUCUCAAGUCUUAGAGUCACCUCCAUCUUCUGCUGCUUCAACUGUCCUUAACUUCGAUGAACCUACUGCCAAUGCAGCCGAAGCCCCUUCCAAUUCAUCCACUGUCAACGAAGUCUCUAUCUCUUCUUCUUCUUCAAACAAUAUCACCAACUCAACAACCUCUUCGUCAAUCAUCGGCUCUUCUGAAUCAUCUUCUACUCCCGACAACAACUCUUCUAACUCAUCCACAUCAUCUUCAGAAGUCUGCUCGUCCUCCGAGAUUAGACCUUUGCGACAAAAACGUAUUAGAUCACCUCAAAAAGGAGAUGAAGCAAGAGGAUCGAAAAGAAAAAGAGAAGUGGAGGAACCUCGAAAAAAGAUACCAAGAAGAGAUAGUACUGAUGCUCAACCUGAAUCUUCUAAACGCCUUUCUGAUCCUGAACUUGAUCCUUGA